AUGGAAGAUACUCUCGAAUAUGAGGAUAGGUACCUUAAUGAUUAUCUUUCUAACCACUUCGAAGCUCAAAUACCUUUUCAACGUGUUGAUAUAAAUGUAUUGGAUUUUUGGAAGGAAAGACAGUUUGCUGAUCCAGAAUUACAUGCGCUUGCGAAUAUAUGUUUUGCAAUUCCACCAACUCAGGUUACCAUCGAGCGUGCUUUUUCGUCACUAAAAUUGAUAUUAUCUGAUCAACGGAAUCGUCUUAAUCAUGAAACUUUAGAAAACAUUCUCAUGGUUAAACUAAAUCCGCAAUUUUUGGACCAUGCUAUUGAUGAUAUGCCGUUGUUUCAACCUCCUGAAUGGGACUUAAAUUUAGAAGAAUAAUAACAUCAAAUUAAAAUUUUUAAUCAUAAUUGAUAACAAAGUUUUUAUGUUUUUUUACCGGGCGUAGGU